AUGGGGACUUACCAGCCUGACCCGACGUCUGUCAUGGGUUCGUCCUUCGAUCUCCAGCAGGGCAUGUUGGACGCCUCCUUGGUCAGCAAUGCCGAUAUGGGCUUUUUUGCCGAUGGCCUGACCCUCGACAUGACUGUUAUUCCACACUCUACUUUCGACGAAACUACUCUAGUUCCACACAACCUACUCCAAGAGAUCUCAGGCAAGACUGACUCCGCUGAUAAUAUGCCUGCCAACAAUGCAGGCGCCGGGCCCUUACCCGCUGGUUUUGCGGUCCAGAGCUCCCAAAACUCCGGUAGCACUCUAACCGAAUUCACCAAGAGGCGAAAUUGGUCCCAGCGCGUGAUCGAGGAGCUCAAAGACUUGAUGUACAUUUUAACCCCCGAUGGCCGGCUUCUCUAUGUCUCGCCCUCGGCCAAGAACCUGACAGGGUACGAUGCGGCUGAUCUAGUAGGGAAACCUAUAUCAGAUUUUAUCCAUCCCGACGACUCAAACCUGUUCAUUCAAGAGUUCAAUGAGAGCAUUGCCACGGGUAACACUCUACGCUUCUUUCACCGUUUCCGCACCGCCGAGCAGAAGUUCCGCAUUUUUGAAUGCCAUGGUCACCCUCAUCUCACGCCCGAAGUUGGGCAAAUGGAGCUGUCUGGUUAUCCGGUCAGCCCUGCUGGCAUCUGUAGGGGGUUUUUCAUGAUGGCACGACCAUACCCGAACAAAAACUCGGAGCUUCUGGAUUCAUUUCUGGAACAUAAAAUCGAGAACGUCCGCCUCCAGGCCAGGAUUGCUAACUUAAAGCGAGAAGAGGCCGAAGACCUGGAGCUCCAGCAGGAGCACUAUCACAAACAAUCCGCAACAGUCAGCUCACGGACGAACUCCAAUUCAGCCGAUAUGACACCGCGCUCGCCGUCUGUAGUCUCCAAGUCUGAAUACCAGGACUACAACGGCAUGCCGCCACCAGCUAAGCCCACCGUAUCGAAUGUUGCCCUUACUCGGGAGGCUCUUGACGAAGCCAACGCGUAUGUUCGACCAGACAGCAUACGGGACAAGAUGGCGCGGUAUGAGGGCUCAUCUCACGUCGAUUCUAUCGAGAUGAUGACCGGGCUCCGGUAUCGUGAGGGCGAGAGAUCUCAUGGUAUAUCAACGGGGGGCAAUUCUCCUGCACUUAUACGCGGUGACGCGGGUAUUGAAAUCCCGUUCGAGAAAAACGAGGCACGGUAUUCGUAUGCGGACAAACGACAGAAGAAGGUCAAGAGUGCUGAUGAGUACGUCUGUACGGAUUGCGGGACGCUCGACAGCCCAGAAUGGCGAAAAGGUCCCAAUGGGCCAAAAACGCUCUGCAAUGCCUGCGGUUUACGGUGGGCGAAGAAGGAGAAGAAGAAAAGCGGCGCUGGCGCCAAUACUGAUGUGUCUUCCACUGCGCCGGAUGCCAGCAGCUCCACCGCCAAUACAGCGCCAAUACCAGGGCCACCCAGCUCGACUCCCGUCAAGGAGUCAAAUUCCACCGAGUCGACAUCAAUUGAGUAG